AUGUCAGACGACUGUUAUAAAUGUGGACGUCCCGGUCAUUAUGCUCGUGAUUGCCAAGCUGCCCCAAGAGGUGGUGGUAGAGGUGGAGGCGGAGGUUAUCGCGGUGGACGAGGCGGUGGUGGUGGAAGAGAUCGUGACAAUAACGAUGGCCGUCGAGACGGCUGUUUCACCUGCGGUGGGCUUGAUCAUUUUGCUCGAGAUUGUACAAGUGGUCGCGGACACUAUGGUGGUGGUGGAGGAGGUGGUUACGGGGGAUAUGGUGGUCGCGACAAAUGUUACAACUGUGGUGGGACGGGACACUUUGCACGAGACUGUACAAAUGAUGGACAGCGAGGUGAUAGUGGCUAUAAUGGUGGAGGCGGUGGUGGUGGUGGUCGUUGUUACAAUUGUGAGGCUUUUGAUUUUUUUGUCUGGAAUAAUAAGAUGUAUGGUUUGUGA